AAAAGAUUGUCUUCCUUGAAACUAAGGAAACAAGUUUGAUUGUCCAUCUUUAGUAUAGCUUGCAUUGAUUCUUGUGCAUCAUCAAUAUAGCUGAGACUUACAACAUGCCGAUUUGGUUGAAAGACCCGCAAAUAAAGUAUGCUUAUUUGUGUGGCAUUGUUUUACCUUGUUCUUUUUAAUGUUGGUUGGGACAUGGAGUGAUCUUUGUUUGCAGUCAUUCGCAUGAUAAAGGAAGAUGGGCUACCCCGGCCAGAACAUCUUCAUUGAUGCUUGACAAUCUGCUUCUUAAGCAGUACGAGUUAAUGGAAAAACCUUUCUCAGACUCUUCCAUGUUGUUAUCUUCAGAGCUGUGGUUCAUCACAGUGUUGUAAAACGAAAACAUAACUCUGGUUUCGAGGGUCACAAAGACGGAAAGAUGAGUCUUGCUUGCCUCGUGUGCCACCGUGUGGAAAGUCCAUCACACUCUUUCAGGAGUUACUCCGUGCCAAGUUCAGAUAACGAGGGAAGAUGUUCAGCCGUUACUAACUGCCUAGCAAGGAAGCAGCCACUACCGUCUGCUAGACCGGCUAUAACAACAACCUCCAAAGUGACCCCACAACCAAGUUUUCAGAACAGUGCCGGAAUGGCAGGUCCCCCGCGGCUGGUGCGUAGUCGGGCUGUUAGGAGGGAUAUUGUGAGAGACUGGAACUUCGAAGAGGCGAUAAUGGAACGCUAGUUUGCUUAGUUAGACAACGAGAGUGGGCGAGGUCUGUCCGUUUGCCACUUGGGAUAUAGUAAUAGAACCUUUGUUUUCUGCCGCUCUAUUUUGUAGUUUGCAAUGGGUGAAUACUGAUGUGUUUCAGCAUAUGUAAACAAUCUGAGUAAGAUUAUUGAAUGUGAAAAACAUGUCACA